UUUACAGAGCAGCAACUUCCUAUGUGUCCUUUUGGAGGAAGUUGCGCUAAGUAUUGUAGAGAAUAUUGGUGUAAUAUAACGGCAUGAUCCGACAGAUGACCACUGGAUAGCAGUUAGCCUAGCCUAAUAGCGGUGCUGUGGACUCUUUAGCUAUAGCUCGGUAGGUUUUUGAAUGGCUUUGACAGGAGUGAUUGACAGCUGCUGCUUUGAUACAACGGUAGAGACGCAGGUUUCAGAGUGAAACUCUUCGGUCAGUGGACAUGAAUAUUUCACCGUGAACUGCAACUUAACUGCGUUUGCUAGCGUCGGACAUCGUCUUCUGUCUGUUUCGAGCUAAUGAUGCCCCUCGGCCCUGCUAACCAUUCUCAGUUGAUUCGCUCCAUCCAGAAGGACGAAUACUAUCAAACUUUCCUGAAAAACAACAGCAACGAAGCUUUUCAAACACUUGCUGGUUCCAAACGAUGGUUGGACUGGAGGAAAGAGAUAGAGCUGCUGUCAGAUUUUGUCUACUAUGGUUUAACAACAUUCUCCGGUUACCAAACUCUUGGUGAGGAGUAUGUCAGCAUCGUGCAGGUGGAUCCCAGUAAACGGCACAUCCCCUCCCGGGCAAGACGAGGCUUCUUUGUCCUCUGUCAUGCCCUCUUGCCGUAUCUCCUGGACAAAGUCCUGGUGUGCCUGGAGAACGAGCUGGAUGGUGGGCAGGAGAGCCUCAGCGGUGUCAGGCGGCGGCAGACAGCUGCCGGGACAUGGAGCCUGGAGGCUUGGCUGAGGAGGUGGGUGCAGACAGCAGUGGGGCUGUUGUCAGAGCCCCAGAGGAAAGCGUACCUGCCGGCCAUUUGUGUCCUCCGACAGGGUCUGACCCUCCUGCACCAGUUCCAUUUGGCUCUGUUCUACCUCAGUGGCUCUUUUUAUCACCUAUCCAAGAGGAUGGCUGGUAUCAGCUAUCUGCAUGUGAUGGGGCGAUACAGCAGUGACGGGACCAUCAGGAGCAGCUACAGGCUGCUAGGUGCCGUGUCCCUCCUUCAGCUGGUCAUCACUGUUUGUCUCCAGCUCAACAAUUUCAGACAGAGACAGAGAGCCAGGACGGAGUGGAAGCUGUACAGAAAGCUCAGCACUCCUCAAAACACACACAUACCCCGUUCCCGCCCCAACCAGCUGGAGAUGAAGUGAGAACAUUUUUGGUUAAAGCCGAAUUCGAGAGGAGAGUUAACAUGAACAAGGGCGUCUGUGGCUGAGGGGUAGAGUGGUCGUCCUCCAGCCUGAAGGUCGGCAGUUUGAUCCCCAGUCUGACCCAUCUGCAUGCCGAAGUGUCCUUGGGCAAGAUGCUGAACCCUGAAUGGCCCCCCUAGAAUAUCAAAGUGCUGCGAAUAGAUGCACUGUAUGAAUGUGUGUGUGAAUGGGUGAAUGUAAAACUGUACUGUAAAGCGCGUUGGGUGGUCAUCAAGACUAGAAAAGCGCUAAAUAAAUACAAACCAAAAACCAUAUCGAAUUUGUUUACGAACAGUAGCAACAAAAGGCAUAUUACUAUCUGUAAUUGGACUGAAUAUUCUUAAAAAUGAUGUAGCUGUAUUAUACUGCUAUUAUAUUUUAUUAGUAUUUCAGUGGUAAAAUAAUGGUCUGAAAAUUAGGAUAAAAAUAUAAUUUAUCGUGAUGAUUUCUGGGGAAAUAUCUUGUCCAACAAAAGUUGUUGUCGUGACAGGCUCAAGUAGAAGUCAUCCAAUUGGGACCUUUGGGAAACUUUGGUUUGAUCAUUCUUUUUGACUUGCUAGCUCUCAGCAGCUGAACCAUACAGAAAGUCUUGGAUGCUGAUUGUACCCAAUCAAUAUUUGCAUUCAUCACAAGCUAUUGCGACACGCCAGGCUAGUGCAAAUACUACACUACUUUGUGUUGUAGAAAAGACCUACAUUCAACACAUGUCAUGAACUCUGUCU